GUUAUAUUGUAAUGUCCUUUGUUGAACAUGAUCCAAAUCUAAUCUGAACGUGAACAUUAUUUUCCAGAUCACAGAAUAAGCGCACACUGACGGCAGUGGAUUGAUAGAGUGGCCUCUUUCUCCAGCUUCACCGUGCACAUUACCUGAAAACCCAUUCCACAGACAUUUUCCACAGAGAUCUCCAGGAAUCGACACUCCCAUAUCAUUUUACCGCGUGCUGCUCAAUCAAUCCUUAAUUCACUUCGGACAGAUUCCAUAGCGUGGGACAAUAAUCACGUGAUUGCAAACACCUUGGAAACGUGGUUUGCUUCAAUCUGACGUCACAAGUUUCGCGGACUCGCGCCCCCAUAGUUUAUGAAUACUUAAAUGUUGACUGUUGUUACCUUGGUGCCUCGAAAGUUUCUAAUUCCUCGUCGCACCGAAUUUCUGAAUUAAGAUGUGAUGGGGAGGAUGAGACGGGAUUAAGUUACGAACCGAGAGCUUGGAAUGCUACGUUAAAGACGGAUACCGUUUGGAUGGCAAUGUAAGGAUGUUGAUGACGUAGCGAGGGAGCUGACAUGAGCUGUUUCUCCGUAUUCCGCGCCAUCACUGUACGUCUGCUCUUCUCAAGUCACGGCGCCAUUUCAAUAUGGCGGUUGUACGUGGUGACGAAGGACCAGCGUUUUUGGUACCUUGCGUGUGCGCUAGGUCUGCUGUUACUGGAGAUGACGGUCACCCUUGGGAAGAAGGGAGGCAAGGAGUGGAAAUGGUUCUGCCCAAGCGUCCUUAUCUAUCUGAUGUGUGUGGUUCCUGCCAUCUGGUUCUUGGAGCUGAACGAGAUGGAGAGACGGAUCCAGUUCUUGGCAGCGAACAACGGCAGCAUCUUGCCACAGAAUGAGUCUAUGGAGGAGAUGAGUGCUACUCUUGGAAGUGCAUUUGGUUUCAGGUUCGAGAUCCGCAUCCCGAUUCUGAUGACGUCAGACGAGUGGAUCCGGACCCUGGAGCAGCUCCUGCUGCUGAUCCUCAUCCUGGGACGCUGGAUCCUACCCAAGGGGAAGCUGACCCACGACCAGCUGUCACAGCUGCUCCUCGUGUACAUAGGCACAGCUGCGGACAUUGUGGAGUUCUUUGAUGCUUUUAAAGAAGAAGUGGUUCGCUACAACAAACUCCUGUGUAUGAUAAUUCUUGGGAUUUGGACUCUGAGUUUGCUUCAGUUCACGUUAGUUCUCACAGCUUCGAGAGUUCGGCGAGACCAGUCUGGGCUGGCCACAGAAAAGCCCCCUGUGAAGAAGGUGGGGUGUUGCUCCGCCGACGUGUACGGCAUUGUGAUCUCAAUCCUCCUCCAAGAUGUCCCGUUCCUGGUCCUCAGGAUGCUGCUCAUCUUCCGCUACGGCGUCCUCAGCUACACCAACAUGUUCUUCACGUCCAAAAAUACUAUUGUGAUAAUACUACUGAUCUAUCGACUGGUCGUUGUUCAGGUCGAGAAAUCAGAGCGUGGUCGUGUCAAGAAGCUUAAACAACAUCGGUACCCUUAUGACUUUCAGAGCAAGCGUUUGGCUGAUUCUAUGUCAUUGACAGACAGCAUCAGCACGUCAUGCAGUAGCUACUAUGACAGCAAGUCGAGAUUGGUCGGCAGUGCCAGCAUCCACAGCAAUGGUUGGCUGGACACUCCAAGAUCUCAGCGGAGACGGAAAGAAAAGCAACGGCUAGCAAGGACCUACACUUUGGAAGAUUUGAAUACGGAUCUAUAGUCGCGCGAAACUCCAAUAUUCGGACUCCGAUAAUCAGGAAUCUCCGGGUGAUUAAUAUUGGGAAUAUCUAACUAAAACGAUAACACAGCAUACCCUUGAUUCAUAAAUUGGAAAAAGUGUUAUUCCGGAAGGUUUUACCUGGAUAGGUGUCGCCCAGUAUUAAUGGGUUCGUGGUGGUAUCCGUGUGAUGACGUCAUCAGGAGACAUUCAUAGUGGUUGUCCUCCCGGAAAUUUGAUGAUAUCGUAUUUUGUACCGUUAUUCUGUUACAAGAAGCAUACUGAGCUUAUCCUUCGUGCUUGGACAUCAUUUGGCAUUGUACGAAUACCAUCGCCCAGUUGACCUGCCCAUGAAUAAUGUAUGUGUAAAUAUUUGUUUGUUGGAAGUGGGAUUUGUUCGCCUGAUUCUGAUCCCCUGGUUGAUAAUUAGGCUACGGGUACAAAUUGGAUUUAUUCUCGGAUGGUUUAGAAUAUGAGAAUCAACAGAAAUAUGAUACAUGCAAUUCUCCAAAUCUGAUCCUGCGUUUGUGACAAGUUUGUUAUAUGUACCUGACGACUAUUAUACUGGAAGAUUGUAUGGCUUCUGUAUGUCGAUGUUUUUGCUUGAGUCUCUCUAGAUGGCCCGCAUGGCAACUAGCAUAUGUGUACGAGGAAAUGACGGAGGCGUCAUAUGUGUGAAAACGUUGGACAUGAAUACAUUCAUUGCAUAGUAGAAGUACAUUGUUUAAGAUGUUGAGAUAUAACUCCUAUAUUAUCAGAGAUACUGGAGUACAAAUGUUAUCUGAGUACAUAUAAACACGCCUCAUGAGGGGACUAUAUCUCAUCAUCCUUUCAUUAUUUUGCCCAGUAGUUAUUUGUGUGAAAACCCGCUGGUUGAAAUUACAUGUAAAUUCACUUUUUAGAUCCGGGAACGUCUAAUGCUUCGAAAAAGUUUUUUUCGUACAUUCUUCAAAUCCUAUUGUGUUUUUGAAAUCGUCCAUUUCCAAAAAUGUUCAUUCAGAUGUAUUUCGUUAAAACUAUUUCAAUAUGAAAUCUGGAUUGUUAAUGUUCAGUGAAAAUGAAAACUGGUGAUAGUGUUUUUCUGUCUUUCGCCGUUUGGAAAUGGCAAGCUUCUUUUGAGAAUGAUCACAAAAGUUGAUGGGCUUCUGCAGUACCUUGGGAUAGAAGUUACACGUAUAUUUUUCGUCGAUUAUUCCAUCGUGUGAUUGUUUCUACAGGUGUGAUAUAUCAUUGUCCAGGUGUCCAUAUUAUCAUUAUAUCCUUGGUCUAGACGUCAUGUACCAUAUGUGUAUCAUGUUUGUAUCAGCAUGCAUUAUGUUGACGUGUGUACCAUCAUGUAUUGUGGGCGUACCAUCAUGCAUUGUGUGUACCAUCAUGCAUUGUGUGUACAACCAUGCAUUGUGUGUACCACCAUGCAUUACGUGUGUACCAUCAUGUAUUGUGGGCGUACCAUCAUGCAUUCUGUGUGUACCAUCAUGUAUUGUGUGUACCAUCGUGCAUUGUGUGUGUACCAUCAUGCAUUGUGUGUGUACCACCAUGCAUUGUGUGUGUACCAUCAUGCAUUGUGUGUGUACCAUCAUGCAUUGUGUGUACCAUCAUGCAUUGUGUGUGUACCAUCAUGCAUUACAUGUGUACCAUCAUACAUCUUGUUUGUACCGUCAUACAGUAUGUGUGUACCAUGCAUGUACCAUGUGUAUCAUUUCUGGGUGUACCCAUGUGCAGGUGUCUUCAGGGUGCCAGUAUCGUAUUCCUACUGUGUAUAAUUCGUUGCUUUCAUCAUUCCCCAACUUGCAAGACUGCUACUACUGAUACUGCUACUAGUUCUAUUUUAUAAUUGUAUGAAUGGUGGGUAUUUUUCUCUCUCAGAAAAUUAAAAUGCUUCCUGAGAUUAUUUGAAUAAUUUGAGUCGUUUUUGGAAUGUCAUAACUUAUAGAAUAGUUAUGAAAAUGUGUCCAUGAAUAUGUUAUAUUAUAACACACAUGUACAAUUUGGUAUUGUGUUAUGUGUCCUUACAUUUGCAGGGAAGAUAUUUUAGAAAUAAAACUUUAAUUA